AGAUGUGGCCUGAUUUGAUAGCAAAGAGCAAGGAAGGUGGGGCUGAUGUUAUUGAAACUUAUGCAUUUUGGAACGGACAUGAGCCACUUAGAGGACAGUAUAACUUUGAAGGGGAAUAUGAUAUUGUAAAGUUUGUGAAGCUAGUGGGAUCUAGUGGGCUCUAUUUCUUUCUUCGAAUAGGUCCUUACAUUUGCGCUGAGUGGAAUUUCGGAGCUACUAAAUACAACUCCAUGAAUGAGCACAAUGAAGGUUGCAACAUCUUAGAUCUGAGAUCUGAGCUUCAAUCAUCUAAUGAGAGGAGGGCUUGUUGUCGAAAAGUUCAUAAAAGAGAUCUCACAUCUUAG